CGUGGAGACAUGGCCCUUUCAAGAGUACAGGGGUGUAGCACAGGCUACAGGGGCACGUCGAAUGCUGCAGCUCAUUCGCAAAGCCUGCUACUUUCGACAUUCCCUCGUCAUCCUCCCCUUCUCCUCCAACACCUCGAUAACAUCCCUGCACCCUGCGACCCUUAUCCGCCAUCGAAUCCCUCCAUCGCUGACGAUCCGCUCGCCCGACUCUCCCAUUACUAUCCCUUUCCAUCCAACUCGCCCUCACCCGUACUAUCCGGCGCACCCGCUCUCCUCGUUGCAAUCGGAAGAUCACGCCUCACGAAUGACCCGACCGUCUCAUCGACGGUACUUGACUGACCUCUCCGCGCUGAGUGCGUCAAUGCCGAAUCAUCGAACGCGCCGCCUCGUACCGAAAC